AUGUUGAUAUCAAAAGUGAUAAAACCUUUCAGUCGCAUAAAGCUUCCGAUGGCAAAAAGUAACUUUUGUACAGCAUCAACGAUGCAUGUUAAAAAAACAUUUGAGAACGCAAUAAGUGCUCUUAAUAAUUUGCAAAGUAAUGCGUCAGCAGUUAAUUUAUCAUUAAAAUUAAGACAGCAACAGAUACAUGAUGAAGCUAAUUUGAAUCUAAGAGAUACAGAGAAAUUCUUGGAACGCAUCGAUGGAUUUAAUAUGAAGUCGCUGGAUCGACUGUCUAUAAUUCAUGUUAGCGGAAGUAAAGGAAAAGGUUCAGUUUGCACUUAUACGGAUGCUAUUUUACGUGAAUAUAAUGUUAAAACAGGGCUAUUUACAUCUCCACAUCUUAUUUCUGUAACUGAAAGGAUCAAGCUAAUGGGAAUUUCAAUAGAUAAAAGUGAUUUCAACAGAUACUUUUGGGAAGUUUACGAUGCACUACAGAGCAAGAAAAGCCACGAAAAUGAUUUACCAUCAUAUUUUAAAUUUCUGCAAAUCAUGGCUUUUUAUAUCUUUGUGAAGGAAGAAGUAGAUGUUGCUAUUGUGGAGGUAGGAAUUGGCGGUGAAUAUGAUUCAACAAAUAUUUUAAGAAAUACUGAAAUUGUUGGAAUUACUGCUUUACAAUUAGAACAUACGCAAUUAUUAGGAAAGACAUUAGAAGAAAUUGCAUGGCAAAAGGCUGGAAUUAUUAAAAAAGAUUCGUUUGUUUAUUACAUGAAACAAUCAAAAGAUAGCGUGGCUAACGUAAUUGAAGAACGAUUUAAAGAGUUGAAAGGCAAAAGGUUAUCUCCAGUUCCAUUUUUUGAUGAGUAUGUGUGGCAUAAUUGCAGCCUUCCCGAUUUCAAGCAAACGUCAGACAUUAAUAAAAUUAAUUUUUCAUUAGCAGCACAACUAAGUGCUCGAUGGCUUAAAAAUAGAAUGUUGUUAUCAGAAAGAUAUUUUAGUGAUAAUGUGCUAAUAGUCAUCGAAAGUAAAUUUAUAGAUGCAAUUCAGAAAUGCCAAGUUGAAGGUCGAUUUCAACAGAUUAAAUCAGCUGGAAUUAAUUUUUAUCUUGAUGGAGCACAUACGAUUGACAGCAUGUUUAUCACAUCAAACUGGUUUUCCUCAAAAAUUGAAAAUGAAAAAACUUUGAGCAUUCUACUUUUUAACGUGACUGGUGACAGAGAUUCUGAGCACAUCUUAAAUUCAUUACAUUCGAUUCCAUUUGAUUUUGUUUGCUUUACUACUAAUAUUGCGAGCGAAGAAACAAAUAAGCAAUGUGAAAACUAUACUGAUAUUCAUCAAAAUGUUCAAUAUGAUAGAUGCUUAAAACACAAAGAAAUUUGGACAACAAUGAAUGCAGACAAGAGAUUAAAAUCGAGUGAUAUUGAAUGCUUUAAGACAAUACAAGAUGCUUUAGACUAUAUAUGCAACAUUAAAGACAAUAAUUUAAUGCCAAUAAAUGUACUGAUAACAGGAUCUUUGCAUUUAGUAGGAGGAUCAUUAAAAAUAAUUAAGAGUAUAGAAAACAUUGAUAUGAUCAAUGAAAAAUUCACAGAGAGAAAUAUGACAUAA